GGAACAUUAGGCAGAACCCCAACACACAGUGCCUCUCGACAGGAACGGUGCUGCUGAGCAUCAACGACUUCCUGUGCCGGAGCCAGGCCGACAACAUCAACCUGUUCAAGGUGCAGCGGUACUUGGAGAAGAGCAUGAUCAGCAGGAAGCUCUUCGGCUUCACGGAGCGCUACGGCGCCGUCCUCCCGGCCUCCAAGCAGGAGUCCAAGUUGUCGGGCUUUCAGCGCUUCCUGCAGCACCUGCACGAGGAGGCCUCGGCCACCCAGGCCCCCACAGCCCCCGCAGAGGAGGCCGAGGCCCCGAGGCUGGCCUCCCCGCUGGUGCACAUCGAAGGCUUCCUCGCAGCCCUCACCACCGCCAACCAGGACGGCAGGGUCAUCCUGAGCCAGCAGGGCAGCCUCGGCCAGAGCAGCCUCAGGUUCCUGCUUCUGAACCCCGCGGUGCACUUCGCACAGGUGGUGAGGGAGUGCCGGGCCCUGGUCAUUGCUGGUGGCACCAUGCAGCCGGUAGGGGCCCAGCCCGGCCAGGCCGCGGCGCGGGGUGCCCGCCGGGGCUCGGCAGCUCUGGGGGCGUCUCUCCAGGGCUGCGGCCGGGCAGGCGGCACAGUGACCGGGGCGCUGCUCCUCUCCGUGGUAGGAGGGAAGAUGAGCGAAGGCAUCAACUUCUCGGAUGACCUGGGCCGGUGUGUGGUGAUGGUGGGCAUGCCCUACCCCAACAUCAAGUCUCCGGAGCUGCAGGAGAAGAUGGCCUACCUGGAGCGGACACUGCCUCGGGCGCCGGGCCAGGCCGCGUCGGGCAAGGCGCUGGUGGAGAAUCUGUGCAUGAAAGCCGUCAACCAGUCCAUCGGCAGGGCCAUCCGGCACCAGCAGGACUUCGCCAGCAUCGUGCUCCUGGACCAGCGCUACGCGCGCCCCCAGAUCCUGGCGAAGCUGCCCGCGUGGAUCCGCGAGCGCCUCGAGGUCAAAGCCACCUUCGGCCCGGCCUUCGCUGCUGUGCGCAAGUUCCAUCGCGAGAAGUUGGGGGCCGCCUAA